AUGAAUGCAAUAAAGAAUUUGAGUUCCCGACGGAAUAAGAGAAGUUCAGAUCCAGCUCAAGCUCUCUAUGCAGAAGGAGAGCAACUGACAGAAUGGCUACUCGUUAAAUAUAAUGCGAUCGCUGUAUUAGAGAAUUCUAAUAAGCAUGACAAAUAUAUCCAAUAUUUGAAAACGAUCCCUUUAAAGAAUCAAUCCAUACAAACUAAACAGAUUCAACUUAGUGAAGAUGAAGUUCAGGGGUUACGAAAUGCAAAAAACGAUAUAGAAAACUAUAUAACAGAAAAUAUCCAGAAAAACAUUAAAAUUCUUGAGAAUGAAAUUGUCAAUUUGAAUGGGUAUAGUCAAAACGGCAUUAAAACUAAGGAUGAUUUGAUAUAUCAACAAGAGGUUCGAUAUUUAAAUACUCUUAGUGCGGAAAAUGAAAAGCUAAAAAAUUAUUUGAGAGAAAAACGGGACCAAUAUGUAAAAUUAAAUAUUAUUAUUGAUGAUAAAUUGAUUCAAAAGCAGAAUAUAAAUAUCAAUGAUUCUGAAUUUGAUGCAAAUGGAACGAUUGAAAAAUUAGAAAGUAGCUAUAAAAAUUUAAAUAAUGAGAAAAUAAACUUAAUAUCUAAUAUUUGUAAACAGCUCAAUAAGAAUGGAAAUUUUUCUAAUGAGGAACUUCACUCUCUUAAAACUGAAAAGAACAAAUUAAAGGAUUUUAUAACGAACCAAUGUGCUAAAUUUGAAACAUCAAUUAGCAAAGAAACUUUAAAUGCAACCAAUACUUCUUCCAAUGGUUGGCAACUUAUAAAGGAUAUUCAAAUUUUUUGUGAAGAAAAAGUACGAAUUGAAAAUCAUUUAAAAGAAAAAUUAAAGGAACAAAUUGAACUUAAUCCACCCACGCUAAAUGAAUUUAUGCAGAAGUAUGCAGUGUUCAAUGAUGAAACAAAGAAAAUUGAAAAUGAAUUAACCAGAAUAAAAGACGAGAAUAAAAGUAUUAUAGAUCGAAAACGACGUCUUCAGAACCAAAUUAAAGAGCUAAAUAAAGAAAGUGAAGAAGUUUCAUCUAUAAAUAAUACUAAUGGUGCACGUUAUCAAUUGAUUCAAACACUAUUAGAAAAUGUCAACGACCUCUAUAACCAAAAACGUGAUUUGAGAAAUUAUUUGAUGAAAAAAUAUGACCUGCUUAUUCAAUUGGUGAAUUUAAACGAUGAACAUCCAGUUAUUGAAAAAUAUGAAGACUAUCGUAAUGAUUUCAAGUGUCUUAUUUGUGAAAAAUUUUUUUCCUUACGCAAGACUAAUAAUAAUGAGGUCAUAAUCUCUUGUGGUGGAGAACGUAUUGACGACACGUGUCAUUUCCAAACCCUCUACAAUUAUAAAAGAAAUUUAAAAACUUAUUUGAAUACUCAGCUUAAAAAGACUAUUGAUGAUUUCAAUUCUGAAAAGCGAAAAUUGGAAGAAAAAUUAACCUACAUAAACGCAACCAAAAAGUAUCAAAAUCUCAAAACUAAUAUUAAGUCACUUCAUAAAAAAAUAUGUGAAUGGAAAUCUGAUUUGGUAAAUAGGUAUAAUCAACUUAUUAAACUAAAAAAAUUCAUUAAUGAUGAUUCUUCCGAAUAUACUAAGAAAGUCAAUAAGCUCAUGGAAGAGAUUCAACCUUUCGAAGAUGUUUUCACAAAUCAACAAAAUAUAGAAAAUCUAAUUGAUGAUUGUGAACAAACCAUCAAUAAAUAUGGAAAAGAAAAUUUGAAACUUCAAGCUGAAAGAGAUUUCAUUGCUACAGCUAUAGAUAGUGUAAAAGUUAGAAUUGAAAGUGAUUUAAUUAAUAGGUAUAGACAACUAAUUGAAUUAGGUGAAUUUAAAAAAUGGACGCUUGUUUCAGACGAGUAUCAUUAUAAUAUAAAAAAAAUUGAUACAAACAAUAUCCCUAACCCUAAUGAUACAAAUGACGUGCAAAACAAUACUGAUAGAAUUCGGCAGUUAGAGACAAAUGUUUCAAAUCUUGAAGGUGAUAUGAAAUCAAAAGAUGAAAAAAUGUGUGAAUUAAAAGGCGAAUUGGAGGCAAGAGAUAUACAAAUACAUGAAUUACUCGAAUUGAAUAGCUCUCUUAGAAAUGAAGCUGCUAAAUAUUCAUUAGAACUUGGGAAAGCAACAAAUUUCGAAUUUGGUGAUCAUGAUAGCAAUAACAUUGGUCAAUUAUCAAGUGAAAUCAAAAAAUUAAGACAUGAUCUUGAAUUCUUUUGUACAUUAAGAAAUGCUUCCAUCACUGAAUCAUAUAUGAAAAACCUUUUAAAAAAAUACAAUUGUUCAGCAGAAAUUCUCGGAAAAAAAUAUAACAAAAAUCUAUUAGAAGGUCUCUUGCAGCGUUAUAUUAUUGAAAUAACCAUUUCUAAAGCGAAAGAAUAUCUCAAUAUUGAUGAAUGGAAUAAGGAGGCUUGCUUGGAAGCCAAAAUAAAGUCAGUGACGAAUAGAUUACAAGAAUAUACAAUUGCACUUUCAACGCAACGAUUUGGAACAGACAAAGUCUCUCCUGCCAUCCCUACAAAAUUACGCCAAAUGGUAUAUACUCUUCUUAGCAACAGAGGUUUUUCUAAGAAUAAAGAUGAACGUGAACAUCCAGUUAUCGAGCGUUUAACGAAGGAAAUUUUAAAUAUAAUGAAUAGCUGUCGUAAAAUAAAUGACCCUGUAAAGAACAAGGAAAUUGAAUCCAUGACCACCAAAAUCGUCCGACAAAUCAUUGUGAUUUUUCUCUUUCGAUUUAAAGUUCAAGAACCUAUUAUUGAAUACCUAUGGUUCGAAAGUAGAGAUAAAAUUGAACCUGAAUUUAUGGAAUACUCAGUAAAUGAUGAGCUUAAAAACGCUGAAGUGGGUAUUUGUUCAUUUCCCUUAAUUGUAACUAAUUUUAGGAAACAAAAUCACAAAGUGAUCUCAAAAGCAAACAUUGUAAGAAAAAGCUUCUAA